AUGGCCAAUCACCCUUCCACCAAAGAUCAUGUCGAUAGCCAGACGUCUAACCCAGUUGUCAAAACACAUUCAGGCUACAUCCAGGGUAAGACUACCAACGGCAUCCACAUCUUCAAAGGCGUGCCAUUCGCAGCACCGCCUUUUGCGUCUAAUCACCUUCGUCCUCCGCAGCCACCACAGCCAUGGCAAGGCGUACGUGAUGCGCUAGCCUUCGGGCCAAAAUCACCUCAGACUGCCUAUCCUCCCGGUAUCGCUGAAGCUCUAGCAGAGUUGGUCGAUUCAGGCGAGGACUGUCUGACGCUCAACGUCUGGACGCCUAAUCUGGAGGCGGCUAGGCUACCAGUCAUGGUUUGGAUCCCAGGUGGCAUGUUCGAGUUCCAUGCCACAGGCGGUGCAGCGCCUUAUGAUGGUAGUAGGUUCGCUCGAGACGGUGUUGUGUGCGUCACUAUCAGUUACCGAGUUGGUGUCGAAGGUUUCCUCUACCUGCCUAGCGAUGGGGUCUCCAACCUCGGUCUGCUCGACCAGAUUGCCGCUCUCGACUGGGUACAGAAGAACAUAGCCAGUUUUGGCGGCGACCCAGACAAAGUCACCAUCUUUGGGCAGUCAGCAGGCGGGAUGAGCGUCGCUACUCUGUUGGCAGUCCCGCGGGCAAAAGGCCUUUUCCGCCGUGCCAUAAUCCAAAGCGGGAACAGUCCAAAGGUCAACUCAGCCGCCGUAGCAGAGCGCAUCGGGCGUCGAUUUGCGGAGAUCCUGGGAAUCGAGGCCACAGGGGAGGCUGUCGCUGCAACACCGUCUGAUAAUAUUCUGGAGGCGCAGGCGAACCUGCGAGAGGAACUUCAGUCACAGCCCAAUCCUGCCUUUUGGGGCGAGGUUGCCCUCAGCUAUCUUCCGUGGGCGCCUGUGGUGGAUGGGGAUAUUCUUCCGAAGCACCCGCUAGAUGCUGUGACUGCGGGAGAUGCGGCUGGCGUUGAUCUUAUGGUUGGGUCUAAUACCGAUGAGACUCGGAUUUUCUUUGUGUCUGACGGUUCUAUCGACCGCAUCACUGAAGAAGUAUUGCCGAUGAUGACUGGCGUGUAUGGUGUGUCACCUGAAGGUCUCAACACAUAUCGUUCAUGGUAUCCAGGAGCCAGUGCUGGCGAGUUGUUUUCAGCGGUCCAGACAGACUGGUACUGGAGGAUUCCAGCCGUUCGUUUCGCUGAUGCUCAUUCAAAAGUCUCCCGGGCCUCUACUUACAUGUACGAGUUCGCAUGGCCCUCACCACAGAUGGAAGGUCGGCUCGGCGCUGCGCAUGCUGUUGAGAUGGCUUUUGUCUUCGACACGCUCGGGCUGGGAACCGAGGCUCUUCUUGGACCGAGUCCGCCUCAAGCACUCGCCAAUGAGAUGCAUAGAGCUUGGGUAGCGUUUGCGUCGACGGGAGACCCCAACUGGCCAAAAUAUGACGCUUCGCGGAGGACCACGAUGCAUUUCGACUCCGAGUCGCGAGUGAUUGGUGACCCUCUCAAGAGGGAACUUGAGCUUUGGGAGGGUGUGAUUUAG